AUGGAGCGUGAAGGUUCGAGACUCUCAUUCCCCGCGGAUUCAGCAGGUGAUGCCUUCGGAAAUAUCAACAGUACAUAUAAUAACAGCGGACCGAAACCAACUAGAAGUGGCGGCAACUCACCAGAAGCAUGCCUCGACAAACCUGGGGAAAACUUCGAAGACAUGACGCAAUCUGGCGCAGUCUCAGAGGGUUGGGUGCACCCUAACAGUAACAGCAACCUGGGCAAACAAAAAGGGGUUUCAGGAACUAUAUACCCUAAAACAAGUGGAGAAUUUGCCAGCCUCCCCUCCCAAAGCAAUAGCACCAGCAAGGUCAUUCUGUGGGAGCAAGGCCAGGACAGUGACGCUACUGCUGACUUCGCUGCAGCAUUACAGAGUGAAGCAGAAGACAUUGGCUCUUCAUGGGAUGUCCUCAACACUCUGAAGAGGGAGGUUUUCGCAACAUCUGCACUUUUACGAGCCUUGCGGACGCAUGCUUUGUCACAGACGCGAGGGGUUUCUGCAGCUUCUCGGCAGCAGCUUGCUGCAGCUGUUGCACCUUUGAUCAAGUCAUUUGAGAUGCUUACUGAGAGACUCGCAGCAGCGGAGGCGGCGAAGGAGCCACCUCCAGCAGAAUUACAGGAACAGCACAUUCACCCCUUUCUAUUUGUGCUUGCACAGCAGCAACUCCAGCACAAGCAGCAGCAAGGCCUCAACAAGCAACAACAGCUGCUGCACCAAAGCUGCAUGCGGGCUCUGGCGUCUGCAGUUUUGCGUUCACUUGACCAGUUAUUAACUGUGGGAUUACUUCGCUGCCGGAGCACGGCAGGUCGGCGAUGCGUGCACGCAUUGAUUCUGUCGUUAAGGAACUGUGCGUUGCAGGCAGCUCAGAGGCUGCAUUCUGCACCCACGCAGUCAUCCGUAGCAAGCGCAACUGCGUCUGGUGCCUUUGCGCUUGGAUCGGAGGCCUACGGUGGCGUCUACUAUGCUCCUACAUCACCUGCUGCUGAGGAGGAACUGCUGCUGCUGCAGUGUCUAGACCUCCUUAGCAACUCUCUUCUUGGGCAUCUAUUAUCGGACGCUUGUGUCACAGGAACCAUACAGUGUUGUGUCGCCGUCAGCCUGUUGCAUCGAGCUAGCCCCCUGCUAAGAAACGCUGCAACCUCUCGUGCUGUUGCGAUCAUUCGUCAUCUUUUUGCCUUGGAAAACUUGAAGACACUUUUUAGUCAGCAAGAAAAGCAGCAUCAAGAGGAAGGGUCGCCGCGGAAGCAGAGUGGAAACACCCAUGACCAGCAGCAGAGCCUACAGGCGCAGCAUGCAUCAACUCCACCGCAGUUCGUUGCUCGCCUUGAAUCUGCUAUGUCACUUAGAUCCACAGGGACCACUUAUUUCCCUAAAUGCUACGGGCUGGAGAGCCGCCUUCGGAUCCUGGCCCUCAUCUCUGGGUUGUUGUCACACGACGAGACUCGCAUAACUGCCAACAAUUCCAGCGGCAACGCCAGCAACGGCAGCGCCUGCUGCACUGGAGGCGGUAGAACGACGAUCACGCUUCCCCCUUUUGUCCCACUGCCUGCCUCAGGCUCCCCUCACGCAGCCUCAGAAGGAACUGGCGAGGAUAGGGGUGAUUCAGCGGGGAAGCAAGAUAAGCUUGAAGAGGGUUCUCACGACCUCGACACAUCAGCAGUAUCAGCAGCAAGUACGGGCACCACUCAGCCAGCAUCUGUCCCAGGCACCCGGGAUAGGGCUUCGAGGAACGGUGCAUCUGGCGCCAUUGACCGAGAGUUUGAAAUCCUUUUGGGACACCGUGGGAGGGACAAAGCUUCGAUGCUGGAAACUCGUGUGCUCUCGCUGCGCUUGCUUUGCGUUAUUCUUGAGGCUGGAAGGGGCAGCAUCUCCUCCUUUCCUUCACUAUUGCAGCCUCUGCAAGCCCAGAUCUUGCCGCUUGUUCUGCAACAAGACCCGCGAUCGGCGCCUCUUAUGCUUUUGUCGCUGACGCUGAGGGUGGUUGGUGACUUCAUUUCUUUUUUUCGGUCAUGCAUCAAGGACGACAUGGAAAGAUGUUUGUACCUGCUGCUACGUUUAUCGACGGCUAACUGUGGAGGACCAUCCAAAACAACGCUAGCAGCGGAGGCACAGGAGCUCGCCCUAGACACGCUUCGAGAACUCUGCAGCGACAGCUCGUUCGGUUUUGAGCUGAUGCUGAAUUAUGACGGGGAUAUUCGUCGUUCCAACAUGUUCGCGGCCCUACUAACGCUGCUCCUGCAGCUGGCAGCUCCCCGUGUGCCCACCCUCAGAGGCGCGUAUCGCUUUACAGAGGGUGAUAUCGAAGGUUUUGGACAGCAAGGGUCACCAAACUAUUCUCUUUCACAUGCUUGCAUGGGUACAGGGCUCUCUUGUUCAGAUGUGUUGCCAGCGAAAACUCCAACGCAGCAGUUGUCUCCUUCAGGGUCUUCUCCAUCUUCAGUGAGCACAAGCCUGGUUCCAGAGAGCGGUAGAGCUCAUCAUCACAGCGCUUUUCAUCUGAGGAAGGCCCCUCCGAGGUCACCCUUAAAAUCAUCCCGCUCCACUGCCGAGAGUGGCGUAGCGACGUCAACGGAAAACGUAGCGACAGAUGCUGCCGGAGUAGCUCGUCCCGCAGGCCUUUCUAAUGUCAACCGCUUGGCGCUCGCGGCUGUCCUCCGUCUCAUUUCUGCAUUGGAUUCCCGCUGCGACAACUUGAACAGACGCAAUGCAGCGGAACACCAACAGCAGCAAUCAACGGAACUGGAGGCUCCUAAGGCACGGCUUGCAAACGAGUCCGCUGCAGAAUAUUUUUUGCGUAUUCAAGCGGCUUUGCCCCUUGGUCAGCGACGUAAGCAUAAAGCUCUCCUAUCGUAUGGUGCUUCGCUUUUCAACUCCAACACGAAAGAGGCAAUCCCUCAGCUUGAGGGACUUGGGCUGCUUCCCACUCCAGCAACGCCCAGGAGCACUGCCCUCUUCCUGAAGGAGACGAGGGGACUCGAUCUGCGUGCUGUCGGCUUGUACCUCAGCACCAAUAAGCCGUGGAAUGCAGCGGUCUUACGAGAAUUUGUUGCGCUGUUUACAUUCGGCGGCGUUGGCCUUGUUGCCGCUUUAAGAGAGUUCCUAAAGACUUUCCGUCUGCCUGGAGAGUCCCAACAAAUUGAACGCGUGAUGGAGGCCUUCGCAGAUGAAUUUUUCCGCCAGCAGCCCCUAGUCAAUUGCCCCCACAACAAGGAAAAGCUUGCAGAGACGACUGCAGACGACUCAACAACAGCAGCUGCAACGGCGGAUGCAGAGUCGCUUGGGCCAGGUGAUGCCAAUGCAAACAAGCGGUCCACAGCUGUAGCGGAGCCGGUGGAGCUGUCACUGUGGCGUUGGGUGGUGGAUGAGGGACUGUAUUCUUCUACGCGUGCAGCGGCUGCUCGAGAAGGAGCAGCGGAUGAGGACCAGCAGACAGACACCAGUGAACUUACUAAGCAACUCUCAGAGUUCAGCCCUGCGCAGCCACCACCUGGGUAUGUCCUUAUGGUUCACAAGGACACUGUUUUCGUGCUGUCGUAUUCUAUCAUCAUGCUGAACACUGACCAGCACAACAAUCAAGUCCGUGGCAAAAUGAAAGUAGAAGACUUUGUAAAAAACAAUCGAGGCAUUAAUAACGGUUCAGAUCUGCCUUCCUUCUAUCUCCAGAAUAUAUACAUUUCCAUACGACACCAAGAGAUUAAGCUGAAAGAGACAGCUCUAGCGACAAGCCCUCCGUCGCAAGCAGGUCAAGCGCAAAAGGGAGACGCUGCUACCAAAGAACAGCAACAGCAGCAGCCGCCUGACAUUUUUGACAUCCUUGCAGACGGAUGGACACCUGCUGAAGGGGCUGGCUUGGGUUGGGGUGCGUUUGCUUCACCUUACGGUGGUGCUUUGGGUUUCAAGUCACAAGAAUGUGCAACGGCAUACCGCAGUGUGCCCAAACUGCGAACAGCCCCAGCCGCUGAUAGCUGCAGCAACAAUGGUUGCGCCCGCAGCAACGCAGGCGCGGAAAUCCUUGCCGAGGAAGGGCUCGAAGCUGAGAUGUUUCAGUGCAUGUGGAACAGCGGGUGCUUUUCUGUUCUGAGAGGGGCUUUCGAAUCCUCACUUGACUUGCGGCAGCUUGAGGAGAUCUUGUGCGGCUUCGUUUCAUUGGCACGUGCUGCUACAGCCCUUGGUCAAGUUGUUGCUUUGAACGUGAUUGUGGCUGAGUUAUGCAGCUACUUCGUGUAUACGGUGCCCGCGCACUCCCAGUUAAUCCUGGCCCCUGUUAUGUACCUUAUUCGAUGCUCUGGAGCCUCUCUUAGAGAGGAAGGCUGGGGGGCAAUUUUAGAGCUUCUGCUCCGGUUGCAUGCCCUUGAUUUGUUACCUCCAGCCCUUAUGAACUUAGAUGACUUUGAGGGAUCUGGCGGUGCAGCUCUUCCAUCGCUCUGUACUUUGCUCCCGCCACAGUUUACGCCUCCAGUUUCCAGGAGAGAUCGAGGAGCUGGGAGGAAGGGCGGAGGCUGGCUAGGGGAUCUAACUUCCAUAUUAUUUGCCUUGGGCGAUUCUGACGACGAAAGUGACGGAGAUGACAACAGCGGAGCCCACGGCCAAAUGGUCGCCUUGUCAGAGGAGCUAAACUUCGCAUGUGACGGUCUGUAUGUUUUAAGAGCUUCGACGGACUUCGCGCUGCUUCCUUCCACCCUUGCAGUGCCAGUGGCAUCCUGUCCAGAGACGGAGGCAGAAAGGGGCGUUUCAGAGCUGCGUCAGAUGCCGCGUCCUCCUCGUUACCAGGGCGACGCUCGGGCUGGCAGCCACACCUCAGGAGCAGAGCAGCAGCUGCAAAGAGGGCAUGCGGAGCUACUUCAGCAUGAGCAACAGAUUCAGCAGCAGGAAAAUGCGGCAGCGCGUUCUCCGAGCUCUGCACCAGCAGAGGACGAGGAAUUCGCCUCCGCAAAAGUUCCCUACCUGCGUCUGAAGACAGUAUUGUCACAGGGCAUCCACGUAGAUGCGGCAGUUGCUGAAGUUCUUCGUCAGAUCGAGCCUAUAUCAUCUUUGUCAGCUGCUGUUGUCCUCCUUUUGCACAUCGUAUCGGGUUUCCCCCCCAUCCGACAAAAUCCAGGCGUUCCACCGGAUUGCCCAUCCCAGUCUCAGCUGCUGCAGCAGCAACUGCAUCCUGCAUCGGCCGUUGCAGCGUCGCAGAAUCGCAGCUCUGGUGAAGCGCCUUCGCGGGUAGCUGGUCCCAGUAGUGGUACCCUGACUACUGUUACAUCGUCAGCUUCUUCUGGAACUCCAAACCAUAGUCCCUCUCCCUUACAAGCCCCUGAAGACCUCGGCUUGCCGUGUUCCCCAGGAGUUGAACAGUCUAUGCUGUCCACUUAUCUACUUGACACACAGAGGCGUGGUGUGGACGUUGACACCUCAAGACCAAACAGCGGUAGCAUCAGCUCAGCUAGCUGUGCUUCGGUGGGAUCGACUGCAACAUCGACCCAGGGCAGUGGAACGCUCCCAUACUCUUUGCCCCCUCCUGUCUGGUCUCCUUUGCGGGGGUGCGUCACUCCGCAACUGCUUACGUACAGAGCCUACACAGACCGACUCUUUUGCCUGGAACUGCUGGGAGCGCUUAUGCUAAGUGAGCUGACUCCUGGUAGCCUGUCUCUUCACCGGUCAAAGCCGUACGGGAAUGCUCUCCUGCAGAGUUCUCCGUGGCUUCUUUGUGCCGUGUAUCUCGACACAUUCCUGAGGCGCUACUCUAUAGGCACUGCUGCAAGUGGCGUUCCUACCCCCCUCGAAGUGGUAGGCCUGGCAGAUUCUACGGAACAGCGACAGCAACAACAGCAGCAGCCGCUCUCAGGAGCGGCCGGAAUGCAUGCCGACAGACCCCUGUGGGCUCGGGCCGUGCUAGAUGCAUGCAGCAAAGAUCCUCUCGCGCAGGCCACCAUGAGGAGCGUUUGCAACGUGUUCCAGGCAAUUGGGUCCCGCCGGCUGGUGGACACACCAACAAGUCUUCCGCACUGGGAGUUGCUCUUCAUAGAGCGGCUAGUUGUAACCGUUCUCCGGAUAUGCCUGCGACUUUUGUCUGACGAAGAUUCUUUGCUGCUCCCAGUGUACACAAAGACAAGAACAACCCAGCCAGCGGACACAGAUUUAGCUGGCUGCACUGCGGCUAGCCAAGUGGCAAUACAUCAUCUGCAACUUCUCACCCUCCUCCACCCUAACGUUUUCUGCAUGCACGUACAGCGCAUCUGCCAGUCAGCCAUUAUCCUUGUCUCUAGGCUUAACCUCAGGGCGUGCAGCAGCCCUCUUCUUAUCCAGGUCCUCCUGGCUCUAUAUCAAAGGCUGGUCCCUUUGCCUGCUUUUCAGCCAACUGCUCCGCUACCGCAGCAGCUGACACAGCCGCAGCCGCAGCAGCUAGCGCGGAAGAUCAUUGCGUCUCUGUCUGACUGGGUGAAGGACUCCGAAGCACUUGCAUUACUCAUACUGCAGCACCGCAACCACUACCAGAUGCUGCUGCAAACCCUGAUGGCCCUCUGUAUUUACGUUCCGCCGUUUCCACCCGCACAGGCGGCGGCCUCUUCCCCCAGUGAAGCAAGGAUAGAGGGAGACGCGCAUGACAAGCAACAGCCUCAGCAGAGCAUGAGCAGUGCCUCAUCCUAUGAAGCUAACUGCAGCUCCCUGACCUUGCUGGCAUCGUUAAUACCUUCAGUUGGAGAGGCCUUAAGAUCCAAGGGAGGGGCCGUGUCGGCGUGUCUUGCAGCUGCAGCGAACGCUGCUUUUGCUGAAAGCACUGGAGGCUGCGCCACUUGGAAGGCUCGCCUGGACUGCCAGGCCAUGUGGCUUCAGUCCAUGCAGGUCUUGGCUAUUGUUUGCAGCUUUUCGGCACGACCCGUGAAGGUCAAAGCUCUAGCUAUUUUGCAGCAAGUGCUCAUCCGUUGCAGCCGAAACCAGCCGGGCCAGGCAGAGAGUACCGCUGUUACUGUCCAAGAAACGCCGGGCCACUCCAGGGGACGCAAUGAAGCAUCGCAGAGCAUGGUGACACCCGCUACAGGAGAUGCGGUGUCUGUUGCAGCAGCUGCAGUAGAUUACUGGACGCGGGCGGCAGAAGACCCGUAUACCUGGAGGCUUUGCUUGCAGCUUGUCGUCUUCCCUCUCUUGAGCCUUCGCUUUGACUACCCGUACACUCCACCGCCUCCAGGAGACGCACCCCCACCUCCACCGCAACUUCAGCAUCACCAUAACGGCGUUAACACUGGAGACUCCAUGUUCACCCUCCCGGCAGAGCAUGAUCCGCUUCAACAUCAGCGCGACUUGCAAGCAGGGAUGCCAUGGAUGGCUCUUCCGACAAGGCGGCGACUAACACCAGAAGCAGCCAUAGCCACUCUCGGCCUAGACGAAGUAUACCAGAGAAAAGCUGCCGCAGCGAGUUUGGCUUGCCGCCUCUUCCUCACGAAGAUGGAGCUGCUGCUCCAGCCUUUUAAGGUCAAAGGAUUUUAUGUGGACUUCGUUGCCGGCCAGUUGCCGUCUGCAGAGGUGUCGAGAUUCCAGGGACCAUCGGGAGACCAUCCCGGAGGAAUUGAAGGUCUCCUGCCCCCGCUUACCCAGCUCGUGCAGCUCCUUGUAACUGAAGCAAAGCAAGCUCCCGUAGUCUACCGCGACGCCUUUCUUGAAAGUAUGAAGAAUACUUUGUUGGUUGUCCUGACCUGCCCGUUUGUGGCGGCAAGUCCCAUACCUUCUGAUCUCAAGACACCUAUAUCUCCGGCCUCGGUCCUUCCAGUGAUAUUCGUGCCAAAACAACAGCAACAGCAGCAACUGCAGCGGCAACCGGAUAUGUCAGGUACAGAAACACAGGAAGCUCAAGCUUCAGAUGAGGCUGCACAGGGUCCGUCAACGGAGGAGGCUUUAUUGAGGAUGUUGUCAUUUUUAACAGAUAGCCAGAGGCUGGUGGUAUCAGCUGUAUCUCCUUUCGUCGUCUCAACAUUCCCGAAAGUGGUACAAGAGCUGCUCUUGAUACUGCCGACCCCGCAGCCCUCUUCAACCCAUCCGGUGCUAGCGCAUCAAGAGGCGUCGGAUGAGCACAGAGGAAACAGUGGUACAACGGGGGCGCCGGAUAACGUAGGAGACAGUAGCCCUGGAAGCUUCAUCGACAGCGGCAACGAGAAGUGUACCACCACAGAGGAACACGUUGUUGACGUUGGCAACCGCAGUGCAACAAGCGUAGCAACCGCAGACGGAAGUGCUGGUGCAUCAUUGUAG